ACUUCGCCCACGCCGCUCUGCCCCCCGCUCAGCACGGAAUAUUUGUUACGAAAGUGUCCGAAAUACGAGUAUCCUAAUUUUUAUCAGGGGUAGCCGAGAUAAAGAAAAUUAAAUCGAUUUUAUCCCAUAUAAAAAAUACCGGCUAAUCGUAACGCGCUAUUAAUUUGGGGGGGAAAAAAAAGUAUCGUUGGGAUCGAAAGUCGCGUAAAGUCCCGCCAAAAAUUCCAACUCUUUCGACCACUUUGCGACAUCGAACGUUUUUUUCUUUCGCUCCGCGUGCUUUCGUGCUGAUUUAAUAAAAAUUUAUACAACAUCGGGCAUUGGAGAUACGGAGAUAAAAUUUUUUGAAUAACUUUCGAUUAAUGUAGACCGCCGUUAAAAAAUGUCAUCGAUCAAUCGACGCUUCCAAUUCGUCCUCGUUUUGUUCUUCAAAGUUUGCCAGGGCAUUCAAAACUUUGACGAGACGCCACAAUACACCGAGGUGAAUCCAGGCCAGGAUGCCAAACUCGUGUGUCGUGUAACUGCCAAGCAGGGCCAAUGCAUUUGGCAAAAGGACCAAAAGCCAAUAGGAAUGCACCUGAAAAAAUACGAAUGGGUCGGUUCGCCGGACAACGGAGAUUGUUCGCUGUGGGUCAGAUCAGCGACCCUCGAAUUCGACGAUGGACUCUGGCAAUGCCAGGUUACCGCGAGCGACUUCACUGCCCAGGAUGCCCUCACUUCGGCGCCCGCCAGACUCGUCGUCAGGGUGAGCCCUCAACGGCCGCAGAUAGAGUACGCCGGUAGUGUAAUUCUACCGGGUAGCAACGUGACAGCUCGAGUAGGUGAGAUCGCGACUCUCACUUGCACAGCUCGCUACGGGAAUCCAUCACCUCUAAUUAAAUGGUAUCUCGGCGAUACGGAAGUGAGGACAUUAAGGCCACAGGUAAACGCGACUGAGAUUGACAACCCAAGAACGUGGUCGACCAAGAGCGUUUGUGACAUACUCGCCGAACGCUCCCGAUACGGACAUCCCAUACGAUGCGUCGCUAUACAUCCCGCAUACGUCAGUCCAACAAUGUCGAGCAGCACUGAAGUUCGCUUUGAUGUACGAUACGCGCCGGAAACUCGAUUGGUCGGCGUGCCUCAGGGCCAACUCGAAGAAGGUCGUGACAAGCUCGAAAUCCGGUGCAUAGCUGACGCGAAUCCAACGGCCUCGAUCCUUUGGAGACGAACGAAAGGCUCGGAAAUCAAGGAAGUCGCUAGCAUCGGAGAAACUCUCAUUUUUUCGCCGAUUUUUCGAAACCACGCUGCGACUUAUAUCUGCGUUGCUACCAACACCGAGGGCGAGAGCACGCCGGUCACCAUCCAAAUCAACGUCAACUAUCCGCCUAAAAUCAUUUCCGUCGGACCGGAACGUCUUUCGACCGCGCUCCUCUACUCGGGUGCCUCGUUCGAGUGUCACGCCGACGCGAUGCCAUCGGCCGAAUACAGGUGGGCGCAAAUAUUUAGCGACGGUAGAGCACCGGCCGAGUGCGGCGUCGGCCAACGCUUGAUACUCUCGAACGUAACUUACGCACAGCAGGGUCAGUACAUUUGUUUAGCAUCCAACAAAAUCAAUGGAAAUUUGCGCGAGGUCAAAAGCAAUCCGGUCUCGUUGCAAGUCGUCGGAGCACCGAGGGUCGUAAAGCCAACGAGCAACGAGAAAUUCGUCGUUUCAACGACCGAAGGAAGUCCCGCAAGAUUAGAGAUAAAAUUGUGCUCGGAUCCCAAGCCCCGACUCGUCGCUUGGGAAUGGGGCGACACCAGACUCCACGCCGGUGAAGUACUCGAAUCACGUUAUCGUGCACUUGAUCUUGAACCUCUCGCUUCCGAAGACUGUUACAUUGCCAUACUCGAAUUUAUUCACACUGUCAAAGAGGAUCAAAGACUGUAUUACGUCAUCGUCGAAAACGAUCAUGGAAGUGAUCGACGAGCUCUCAUGUUACGAGUCGAUGAGCCUGCUCAGAUACCACUCGUGAUCGCAUCCGUAGCCAUAUUCACCGUCCUCUCGAUCUGCAUAAUGGGUUUCGUGUGCUUUAUGCGAUCGGAUCACUGCUGUUUCGCGAGAACAGCUGGCCCAACGCUUCAACAAGUUCACUGCACGAAGGCUUCGAACGCGAUGAUAGAGGAUCCUCGCAUGCCCGGCGUCGACACGAUGGAACGAGCGGCCCAGCAAUUCGUCCAAGAGAAACGGCACAGUAAUCACGUAUUGAAGCCGGUCGCGACUCAACAAUAUCCACAGGAUUGUUAUCAGCACGAGGCUCAUCCACAGUCCCACUAUCAGAGGCAUCAUCACCACUCUAGCCAACAGCCAACGAUUCAUGGACCACAAUAUACGAUGCAGGGGGAGCAGCUGUUUCUGAAGCCCGAACGUCUCGCAACGUUGAAGCCUCAUAACAGGAAGGACAAGCCACCGCAAUAUACCACGUUCAAGCCGAGUUUGAAUCAUUGAUUAUUUUGUUAUCUAUUUUAUAUUGAUACGCUUAGCAAAUAAAAUGGCAUACAAUCAAA